CCAUUCAAAAGUAUGCACGUAAUCUKUUUAUUAAUUUUAAAAUUCACAAUACUAAAAAGCCAGCUGCCCCUAAUUGAAUAUUGAUAUUUGAUAAUUAUAUAAAAUGUACACAAUGACCAAAGUAAUUUUAGUUACUGGUGGAUCGRGACUAGUGGGCAGCGCCAUCAGAACAAUUGUUGAAACACAAAACGAAGCGUUACCUGAAGAAAAAUGGAUAUUCACUAAUUCUAAAGAAGCAGAUCUCAAUGACGUUCAAGCUACAAGAGAUUUAUUUGAAAAAUAUAAACCUACCCAUGUGAUACACUUGGCGGCUAUGGUUGGCGGUCUGUUUCAUAAUAUGGACAACAAUUUGGAUUUUUUGUGCAAAAAUAUAUAUAUAAAUGACAACGUACUAGAAACAAGUUUUCAGUACAWUGUAAAAAAAGUAGUGUCAUGUCUAUCUACAUGUAUAUUUCCAGACAAAACAUCAUAUCCAAUAAAUGAAACUAUGCUAGAUAAUGUCUCCCGGAAGUUUGGUGAACUCGACGCGCGCCUGGAUGAACUAUGUAUUCGAAUCGAUGACAAUGACGCCGAAGUCAACGUUAAGUUCUCAAAGCUUCAAUCCUCCGUUAAUCAAGACCUCAUUGCCUUACAAAACGAAAAUUCCCAACAACAACAGCGGACCCAAGAAUCCUAA